GCGUUGUUAAACUCUGAUGGGCUGGGUUUAGCGUCAACUGGCGGCAGAUUUUGAGCCAGAAGGGGCUCUCUCUCUCUCUCUCUCUCUCUCUCUCUCGGUUGCUAGAGAAGAAAAGUUGAAGGUGGUCGAGAGAUAUGGCGAAGCAUGGCGAAAGGAAGAGGCCCAACAUACUCGUCACGGGCACGCCCGGAACGGGGAAGACGACGACGGCGAGCUCGCUCGCCGAGGCCUCCCAGGUCCGCCACGUCAGCAUCGGCGAUCUGGUCAGGGACAAGGGCUUGCACGACGGCUGGGACGACGAGCUCGAGUGCCACGUCGUCAACGAGGACCUGGUAUGUGAUGAGCUCGAGGAUGUGAUGGAACAAGGUGGGAACAUUGUGGAUUACCAUGGGUGCGACUUCUUCCCUGAGCGAUGGUUUGAUCUUGUCGUCGUGCUUCAAACUGACAACACUAUCCUCUAUGAUCGCUUGAGUAAGAGAGGUUACACUGGGUCGAAGCUCUCAAACAACAUAGAAUGUGAAAUAUUCCAAGUACUGUUGGAGGAGGCAAAAGAAAGCUACCCUCAAGACAUAGUUUUGGCAUUGAAGAGUGACACCGUGGACGACAUAGACAGCAAUGUAGCUACCUUGACAGAGUGGGUUAGGCAGUGGCAUCCCACAUCCUGAUGCCAAUUUUUUUAAGCUCUCCUCUGUCCUCUGCUUCAGUGUUCUUGUAACUUGCGAAUUUCAAACGCAUUAGUCUUUUCUUCUCUUUUGACGUAUGAAUUAUGGGGAACCAUGGCUGAUGACAAUGGUUGUGUUUGAAAGACACGAGACCGUGGCCAAUAUAGUUCUGUAUUUAGGCUGAUUUGUCAGUUGUGAAAUCAGGUUGAAUGUGGGGCAAUAUCUUCUUUCGGCACAGUGCUCAAAGCUCUUACAA